CGUCUCAAAGUGUGCUCAAGAAGCAACAGUUGAUCAGGGACACCUUGUAUACAGACGCGCACGCGUACGUUAGUAACUUAAAUUUGGCGCGACAGUCCAUUAUUGGUCACGUGGUCCACAUUUAAUUCGCUACUUCUGCAAUCAGAGGCGCUAAAGGUCGUCCAAGAUCCAAGGUCCAAGGACUUUUUCAAGAAGUAUUUUCUGACAAUUUUUAUUAAUAUCAAGGUUUUUUUUGCGAUAUAUAUAUAUACGCAAACGAGAAAUAACAAUAAGUUUGUUUUCUUUUAUCUGAAUUAGAGUAGAAUGAGAUAAAUAUAUAUAUAAAAGUUCAAAAGAAGAAAAGGAAAAAUCUGCAAAGUUCAGUUAAAAAAAAAAAAAAACUUAUGACAUCAUGGUAUUAUAGCUUGUCAGCGUGUUAUCCGCGCGAAGCAACUAAAGUGAACCAAUGUUCGAGAGACAUCUAAUAAUCUAAUCUAGUGUCACAUCUCGCGACAUUGCGAGACGAUCUAAGGAGAGGAACCUGGAAACUGGAGGGAGAAGCAAUCAAGCAUGCUUUAUUGCGGCGUAGAGAGAUCUUUAUUUACAUUCUGUUAGAGCGAAUAUUUCACGCGAGGCACGUGAUGCUUUGAUACUGUGCAUCUAUAAGAAGUGGAUUAUCUCGCACGAUUUUCACAAAUUCUCACUCGCCCUUUAUAUCGGACAGCAUGGAACGAGAAAAAAACGAGUGGUUAACCGCGAGGAAGAUCGAGGAGGAAGAAAUGAAGCGCGAGCUCACGGAUAUCGGAAUAUACGAACCACAAUUCACAUACAAAGAAAUGAAACGAUUACUUGUAUUUAUCAAUGAGUCUCCAGACACAUCAAAAGCUGCCAAUAAUAACGAUACGCACAAGGAACAACAUACUAAUAAUCAACACCUCUCGGAAAUUGCGUUUGAUGCGAAUGCAUUGCAAGAAACGGCGGUACAGGAAUGUACAGAGGUAUCUAAAUAUCCAUCAUACUCCUAUAGAUUGAAUCGCACGUCUCCAACAGUACACGAGCAUAAGACUGCUUCCUACAUCAACAAUCCGGGAUCUCCGUCCCUUUUCGAAGUACGAAACUCUAUGUACAGGCGCAAGAGCUCGGAUAGUGACGAAAUAUUCGAGAAACAAUUUGAGAGCACCAAUUCUACCCACAGUACAAAUCAUUUUCUCUCAUCAAGAUCAACAAACAUUCCACGAGAGAGCCAGAACGCGGCGGACAGAGAAAUGGCGCAAGAUACGCAAGGCGAAUUUGUUCAAAGAUUAGAAAGAUGGCGACUGAAUCCGCUCGAUGUCUGCAUCAACGAAAAUGACGUGCCUUUGCAACAACCAAAUCGGUCUUUGACUGGGGAACGUAUAUCAUUAAGAUACAACAAUGAGACGCACACGUCUGAGCAGCGCGACCAAGCAAUACGAUUUAUGAACCAGCAUUUGAAGGAAAUAGCAGAUUUGUGGUACAGUUGGCUUCCUGCUGAUUUGAUAUUUCAAUGGGGGUCACCCAUUCAGGUCGGCACUGCUAAUAGUAGCUUGGAUAAAAAAUUAUUAACCGAAUCUAAGACUGAACAGAUCAAAACAGAAUGUACAUACAGAGAUAAUCAUGAGCGAGCUUGUAAACGUAAAGCGAACUCUAUCAUCGCUAGUCUGAAUAAAGAAAGUUCCACUGAGGACGAAGAAGAUAAAUGGGAUUCCACUCGUGGCAAGAAGAAGAGAGUACAAUCUGGUAGUAAAUCGAGUAACGUACAGCGUGCCGCGAAUCAACACACACAUAAUGACAGUCAUGAAAAAGCAACAUCGAGUGUGAUCGCGCGUCAAGGAAACUCUAUCAACGAUGACAAUAGCGAUAUAGAUUUUGACAAUGAGCAUAUUAAAUCUGUAUGCUCUGAGAAAACUGAUGAAGAAAAUGAAAAUGUAACAGAAUUAAAUACAUACCCGAGAAGAAUAGUACCGCCCAGUCCUAAGACACGUUUAAGUCUAUCGAGACACAGAAAGAGAACUGCUACGUCGAAAUCAUUUCCAAAAACGCGGCAAACCAAUAAGAAUAAAAUUAUCGAAGAGACAAAAAAGCAAAAGAAUACAUUGACAAACAAAGAAAUCUAUCAGAAAUUGAUAGAAGACUGGAGUGGCGACGAGGAAGAACCUGCAGUAAUAAAGAAUGUGAAGAUACGACCAUUACCAAUACCGAAAAUGAUACAAUCUAGAUUACACGAGAAACAAGUAUCGCUUCAUAAUACGGAUGAAAAAACAAAGGCAAAAGAAGAUGAGAGCGAUGGAGAGCGAAAAAAGGAAAAGAGACCAAAACUUUGCCAACAACGAAAGAAAGAAGAAAAAUCAAGUAGGAUAAAGAAUGGAAAUAGCUGGGAACAUCAACUAAUGUCUGAUGAUGAGGAGAAAUCAUAUGAAACAACUCCAGAGUUGGAUGUACAGAAUGGCAAUCAAUCUAAUAAUGUAAUUACUUCGACAAAUAACGUAAGUUGUCCUAUAUGUAAUAAAGUAUUUCCGCAUAGCGAGAUACAGGAUCAUGCCGCUAAUUGUGAACAAUUUGAGAUCAAUAAUGAAGAGGAUGAUAAUGACGCGGUUAUAUUAGAAUGUGAUAUAUGCAGCAAAUACAAAACUAGUAAUGGGAUAGAAUAUGAGGACCAUGUUCAGCAAUGUAUCACUAAGCAUGAUAAAAGGCAUUCGCAUGGAUCUCAAGAUUUCGAUAUACCUGCUUCAUCUUUUCACACUAAUAAGCGAAUAAUCAAUGAACAGAAAGAUUCCGAGAUAGCUUAUUUGGGCCAGUUUCCCUCUGAUAACAAAACAAAAAUAAAUACUAAUAGAAAAAGAAAAUUAUAUACCAAAGGAAAUGUGUUGUAAUAGAAAGGGGAUGUUUAUUGAUCGUUAUACGAGGAUUUUCUUUUAAACGUAUAAUUAUUUUUUAUUUCACUUAAAGAAAGCUUUUUGGCAUAUCAUGAGUUAAGCAUCGCAUAGGAUUAAGCAAUUGAUAUGCAUAUUUCUUGCGUUUGCUUAACAUUCCAUGUUACAGAGUAUCAUAUAGUAUAGAAUGUCUUGUAACUCGCGUAAUUUUAACGAUUCUUUGAACAUUCAAGUUUAAAAAAUUGUUAAUGAAAAGGUGUCGAAGAAAAUAACUUUCAACAUUAUAAAUUUUUCAAAUUACGAAUUUCUCAAAACAAAAUUUUAUUUGAGUAAAGUCUAUUUGAAAGUAAUUUAAGAAAUAGAUUUUAUUAUCUGUUUAUCCCUAAAAGUAAUAAAGUUUAAUUCAUAAAAAGCCCCUUUUUUCAUAAAUCUGAAUAAAAUUCUUCAUAAACAACUAGUAUCUUUUAAUUGAAAAAUAAUCUACUUCAAAUUUAUCAGAGAUUAGUAUUAAAACUAAAAUUGCAAGUUGAGAUUUUAUAAAUUUAUUUCAAUAU